AUGUCUAGCCUUGCUGAAAAGAGAACAGUGCGCACACUUGCUGAAACCGAUGGCGAUAACCAUCAGUCACGAUCUCUGGUUCAAGUCAAACCAAAUGUCCCAGUAGUAGUCAUGCUGGAGAAUAGGUCUAAGAAGAACCAGAGGAAACAGAAGAAGAAGAAGAAGAAGGAAACUAUGACCAGGAAUCAGCAAGUUGAAGAACAACGACAACGUAGAUCAGAGGAUAGUCUUUCUUCCUCUGGCUCAAGUGGAAUCAGUCGAACAGAAUCUGAAACGUCGGAUAGUCUACUCAAUGAACAGACCCUGAUGGUAAAACCCAAGGUCUCGAACUCGACGUUGGAGGAAUAUCGAAAGGAAAGGCUCAUUCGGCAAGCAGAACGUCAAGCGGAUGCAGCCUUGUUUGCCUCAAUAAUCAAAGGCAUGGAUGCCUUGAAGAAGGAAAGGGAAUCUUACUUCGAAAUCACCCAUGCAGCUAUCAAGGAUAUCACUACCACUUUGAAGGAGCAACAAGAGGAAAAUAGAUUGUACUGGCAAAAGUGCAAUGAGGCAGUACUUGCUUUUCAAUUACAGCUCGAAGAACAAGAGGCCAAACGUCGAGCAGAGAGACAGGCACAGCAAGAAUUUCUACGCCACAUUUCCUCCAAAUUAUCCAAGAUUAAAGGCGAUGCUAUUGAAUUGGCCUCCCUAACUAGCAACGUUGAACACUAUUUUAUUGAGGUAUCGUCAUCGAACAUGAAGGUUCUCAAAAUCCAGUUACACACCGAUAGGAGCACUGAUGCUGUCAAUCUUCAAAUUGAAUGCGGAGGAAAAAAUAAAAAUCACAUUGAAAGGGAAUUUAUCAAUAAGAUUUCGAAAAACGCCCGUGUCCCAAAGGCACAAAUUCCACGGUGUGCCGGUAGCCAAUUGGUAGUCCCUCUUGAGCCAUUAGAUCAUGAAGUAGGCACUAGUAGCGAGCACAGUGAUCUUAAGGCAUUUUUGGUCCCUAGCCAUUGGUUAGAUGGUGAAAGAUCGAUUAUUGUCGAAUACUAUUCGAAUGUAUGGCACCUUUCGCUGGCUGCUCCUUCAAUUGAGCAUGGGGUCAACGACCAUGAAGUUGACAGAGAUUUAUAUGAGAGGAUGUCCGUGAAAGCCUUCUUUAGUAAAAUAAUUGAAGGCCAGAAAGCCCAGAUUGAACCAGAGAACAUCUCGAAUACGGAGCCUGACUAUGAAUCAUCAGAUAAAAAGAAGAGGAAGAGAGAGAAAACUCGAAUGAAGAGGCAAUCUCUGAUGCAAAAGGAUGAGAAUAAUCCCUCGGCAAGCUCGACCCGAGUGGAACAAGCAUUCACCGUCGUUCCAGAAGAAAGAAACCCCACGCUGGAGGAUGCGUUUCUGUUGUUGUCAUUGUCAAAGCGCAGCGUUUCCCAGAUCCCUGAAGAUCUUGUUACUUCAGAGCCCAACUUGGGGGAGGCUGCUACUGGAACGGUUUUAGCCAAAGAUCCAGAGCCUUUGCCUUUGCAAGAAGACAAAUCAACAAACGAAGAAUAUACUGGAUUACAGGAGGGCUCCACCGCGGAGGAAACGCAAGAUCCGGCGGAAAUCCAGUUCAACUCGCCACACAACGAGCUAGAAGAGAUCAGAGUUUCGUAUUCAACCCUUCAAAAGGAUUACGACGUUCUGAAAAGAGAAUUUGCAAUGCAAUUAGCCUUACUACAGCAAUCAUAUGAAGAACAGAGCAUCCGUGGCGCCGAGGUUCAAAAAAAAUUCAAGGCUGAGAUCAAUGAUUUCUAUGCCUUGCUCAACGCAGAAAGGGUCAACUUCAACGAAAUGAAAAUUGGAUUUCAAUCCACAAUAGAAGGGCUGACAAGAAAACUUCGUAAACAGGAGUUUGAACUACAACAAUUACAGUCGAUAAUUGCCACGGAUUCACUCACUGUUGAAGAUUCCAUUGGAGCGGCCAUCGAUCAGACCAGAAAUACCAUGGAUAAUAUCAAGGAUCCAGUAUUUAUAAACAAAAUCCGUCGCCGGAGAAUUAUUGAAAUUACACAGGAAAAAAUGGCAGAGAUUCUACGUCUGGUGCCUAAAUCUUGGAAAAAAAGAUAUGGAACUGCAAGGCUCUGGAGAGACAAACUGGACCAACUUAGAGAUCAGUCUCUUUCUGAAGAUGAUGAAAGGCUCAAAGUUGCGCGUCAGCUUUUGGAAAAUCCAGGCACCACCCUCAGCAAAGAUCACUCCGCUGCAAUUGAGUCACUCUUAAGCGAUCCCCUUGCCAUGAUAUUGGUAGCCCACAGUACCAAUACGUUUAGGGAGGAGGGUAAUAAUGCUGCUCAUCCUGAUCAUAGCCUCAGGUUCUGGACGCAUGCGAUCGAGUAUAUGUAUGAUAACAAAGAAAUCACCGAACAAGAGAAGGAAAGUUUUUCUACUUUGAUCAAGGUCAAUGACAUUCUUUCUGAUCUAGACAAAAGCUGA